AUUAUUACCAGUAGCUUGUCGAAGUGAACAUCGUGAACAUCGUGAACAUCAGACUAUUCUCGGCGCCGAAUUGUGUUCUGUGUGUGUCUAAAGUAGAAUAUGUGUUUAUAAAGUGCAAUAAAAACAUCAGAAUUUACAAAAAUAAAAUUUUAAUUCAAAUUUUAAACGAAAGGGCAAGAGAUCUGAAUAAAAAGGCGAUUUUUUUGGAAAAAUUAUUCGAAUCGAAACGAGUUUAAUAAAAUCUACAAUCACGAGUUCCAAACGUAGACAAAAAUCGAAAGAAAUGACUUGGGGUUUCGUAACUUGUGGUCCAAAUGAGGCGCUCGUCGUUUCAGGAUGUUGUUAUAUGAAACCUUUGCUUGUUCCCGGAGGUCGUGCAUUUGUCUGGCCAUCCGUUCAACGAGUUCAACGAAUUUCUUUGAACACAAUGACACUUCAAGUGGAAAGUCCAUGCGUGUACACGAGCCAAGGUGUGCCAAUUAGCGUCACUGGUAUUGCCCAAGUGAAAAUUCAAGGUCAAAACGAAGAUAUGUUAUUGACUGCAUGCGAACAAUUUUUGGGCAAAAAUGAAAAUGAAAUUCAGCAUAUUGCAUUGGUUACGCUGGAAGGUCAUCAGCGCGCAAUUAUGGGUUCAAUGACAGUCGAAGAAAUUUACAAGGAUCGCAAGAAGUUCAGCAAACAAGUGUUUGAAGUGGCAUCAUCCGAUUUGGUUAACAUGGGAAUCACUGUUGUAUCCUAUACACUUAAAGAUAUCCGAGACGAAGAGGGCGCUAAGGGAUACUUGAAAAGUUUGGGUAUGGCACGUACUGCUGAAGUAAAACGUGAUGCUCGUAUCGGCGAAGCCGAGGCUCGUUGUGAUGCCCAGAUCAAAGAGGCCAUCGCUGAGGAACAACGUAUGGCGGCUCGUUUUUUGAACGACACCGAAAUUGCCAAGGCUCAACGUGACUUUGAGCUGAAGAAGGCUGCCUACGAUGUUGAGGUGCAAACGAAAAAAGCUGAAGCUGAAAUGGCUUACGAACUUCAAGCAGCCAAAACUAAGCAACGCAUCAAGGAAGAACAAAUGCAAAUCAAAGUUGUUGAACGUACUCAAGAAAUUGCCGUUCAAGAUCAAGAAAUGGUUCGGCGCGAACGUGAACUUGAGGCAACUGUUCAUCGUCCAGCGGCUGCUGAAAAAUAUCGCUUGGAAAAAAUUGCCGAAGCCAAUAAAAACCGUGUCAUUUUGGAGGCCGAAGCUGAAGCUGAAUCGAUUCGAAUUCGUGGAGAAGCCGAAGCAUUUGCUAUUUCAGCCAAAGCCAAAGCUGAAGCCGAACAAAUGGCCAAAAAAGCCGAAGCAUGGAGAGAAUAUCGUGAAGCAGCCAUGGUUGACAUGCUUUUGGAUACUUUGCCCAAGGUCGCCGCUGAAGUUGCAGCUCCAUUGUCACAGGCCAAGAAAAUUACAAUGGUAUCAAGUGGCAGCGGUGAAGUUGGUGCAGCUAAAUUGACCGGCGAAGUAUUGCAAAUCGUCAAUAAAGUGCCAGAAUUAGUGAAAUCCAUCACUGGAGUUGACAUCUCACGGGUAGGUCUUUCAAAUUCGAAGUACAUUUAAGCUAGUGUAAAUUCAUUCGCGUAAAUUACAUUU